AUGAGCCAAUCUAGCUCCCUAAAGCGAAAACAACAGCCAACUAUCUCAAGUUUUUUUACCAGGGCUCCGUCAUCCCAAGCUGAGGCUAAUAAGAGCUGCACCAAUGGCUUUGAAAACAGGAAAUUGCCUCGUGCUGAAGAAGAGACCAGUACGAACACGGUAGAUAAUUGCGGAAUGACAGUUGAAGAUGAAGAAGAUGAGGAAGCUGUUCUGCCAUCUCGGAAGAGAAUAAAGAGAAUUCAACCCCCAAAGAGAGUGGUACAAGCCGCGGAUGAGAUCGCCACAUUGGACAACAAAAACCGUCAUGAGAGCCCGCCUUCCUCGAUACCGGCAUCGUCAAGAACGGAACGAUUUCGAUUCUUAAGCUCCCAGCCAGAUGCUCAGGGAGGGAUAGAGAAGCAAGGUACUGGGACAGAUGUUGGUACCGUGGAGACUAAAGAUGAGCUUAAGAAGAGGGAAGAUUUACAUAAGAAGUUCGUGCGGAGAUUGGGUGGCCCAGACUGCCUCCCGUCUUUGGAUCGCGGAGCGGUUAUUGGUGAAACGGUGGUUGAAGGAGGAGAUAGUGGAGAGGAAGAUGCAGCAGACGAGGCUCCUCCGCCGCCACCUCCGACAAAAGGCAGGGGCAGGAAAACAGCUUCGACGAAGCUAACGCCCAUGGAAAAACAGGUCAUUGAAUUGAAAAACAGCCACAAGGAUGCCAUUCUUGUGGUGCAGGUUGGUUAUAAGUUUCAGUUCUACGGCGAGGAUGCGAGGGUGGCAGCGAAGGAGUUGGGUAUUGUAUGUAUACCUGGUAAACUGAGAUUUGAUGAGCAUCCAUCCGAAGCCCAUUUAACCCGGUUCGCCUCGGCCAGCAUUCCCGUCCAUCGAUUGCACGUUCAUGUAAAACGUCUAGUCAAAGCGGGCCAUAAGGUUGGAGUCGUUAGACAGAUCGAAACGGCUGCGUUGAAGGCCGCAGGCGAUAACCGAAAUGCCCCGUUUGAGCGCAAACUCACGAAUCUAUAUACCAAGGGAACAUACGUUGAUGAUACGGAGGAACUUGAGGGUUUGAAUGGCGUAGGUGCCAACUAUGCUGCGCCUGCAACGGGCUAUUUGCUAUGCAUAACGGAGAGCAAUGCCAAAGGCUGGGGUAACGAUGAGAAAGUCCAAGUUGGCAUUGUGGCUGUUCAGCCUGCUACUGGAAGUAUUAUCUACGACAGUUUUGAAGAUGGUUUCAUGCGCAGUGAGAUUGAAACCAGGCUUCUUCACAUUGCUCCCUGCGAGGUUCUCCUUGUAGGAGACAUGUCCAAUGCGACGGACAAGCUGGUCCAGCAUUUAAGUGGCAGCAAGGUAAAUGUAUUUGGCGACAAGGCCCGUGUCGAGCGAGUACCAAAACAAAAAAUCGCUGCAGCAGAGUCACAUAGCCACGUGUCAAGCUUUUAUGCUGGAAGGAUGAAAGCAACAGGUACGGCUCAGGACGAGAAAGCAAAAAAACUGCUGGAUAAGGUCCUGGGGCUCCCAGAGGAUGUCACUAUAUGCCUCUCUUCUAUGAUCAAACAUUUGACGGAAUAUAAACUAGAAAGUGUUUUUGAUCUUACAAAAUAUUUUCAAUCGUUCUCUGCAAGAUCACAUAUGCUUCUUAAUGGUAACACUCUCACAAAUCUCGAGAUAUAUCAAAACCAAACGGAUUAUACUUCUAAAGGCAGUUUAUUUUGGACUCUUGACCGUACUAAGACAAAAUUUGGACAGCGGUUGUUACGGAAGUGGGUUGGAAGGCCGUUACUAGAUAAAAAGGAGCUUGAGGACCGCGUUGCCUCUGUCACUGAAUUAAAGGACUCCGAUCUGACCCCUAGAGUUGGUAGAUUAAAGACCCUUCUCUCGAAGGUCAAAACCGAUCUUGAAAAGAAUUUACUUCGAAUAUACUAUGGAAAAUGUACACGACCAGAACUUCUUGCAGUGCUUCAAACACUGCAGACAAUAGGCAUGGAAUUUGUACAUGUGAAGACAUCUGCAGAUGCUGGUUUUCACUCACAAACAAUCAAUGAUGCCAUUGCUGCACUUCCUACCAUUUUUGACGACGUAGUGUCGUAUUUGAAUAAAAUAAAUUUACAUGCUGCUAAAACAGAUGAUAAAUACAGUUUCUUUCAGGAAUUGGAAGAAACAGAUGAAAUAACUGAGCAAAAACUUGGUAUUGCGGGCGUCGAGCAUGAGCUUCGCGAGUAUCUUACCACGGCUGCAGAAAUCCUGAGCAAGAAGAAGGUUAACUAUGUUGCGAACGCCGGUAUCGACUAUCUUAUCGAAGUCGAGAAUUCUCCAUAUCAAAUAAAGAAAGUUCCGGCUUCAUGGCGAAAGAUCAGUGGUACAAAAAAGGUCUCGCGUUUCCAUCCACCUGAUGUCGUGAGACUGAUACGGGAACGAGAUCAACACAAGGAAGCCCUUGCCGCAGCUUGUGACAAGGCAUUUCUGGACCUUCUAGCGGAAAUUUCUACGAAAUAUCAACCUUUUCGUGACUGUAUACAAGCCCUAGCAACACUUGAUUGCCUGGUCUCACUAGCAGCAAUAGCUGCUCAGCCUGGCUAUGUCCAACCAACAUACACCGAUGAAGCCCGGAUCAGUAUCAGGGAAGGGCGGCAUCCGAUGGUGGAACAGCUUCUACUUGAUGCCUACGUUCCCAAUGGCACGGAACUGAGUACUAACGAAACUCGUGCGUUACUAGUCACAGGCCCAAAUAUGGGCGGCAAGUCUAGCUAUGUUAGGCAAGUUGCACUUAUCGCCAUUAUGGGCCAGAUCGGCUCUUACGUCCCAGCGGAAUCUGCUACUCUUGGUAUGCUAGAUGCCGUUUAUACUCGCAUGGGAGCUUUCGAUAACAUGCUUGCGGGGGAGUCUACGUUUAUGGUGGAGCUUUCUGAGACUUCAGAUAUACUGAAGCAAGCCACUCCACGCUCCCUAGUCAUCCUUGACGAGUUAGGCCGCGGAACGUCAACCCAUGACGGCGUUGCCAUCGCGCAAGCUGUGCUAGAAUACAUCGUUCGUGAACUUCAAAGCCUGACGCUAUUCAUCACACAUUACCAGCAUUUGAGUACCCUUGCACGGACCUUUCCCGGCGGCGAAUUGCGAAAUGUCCAUAUGAAGUUUACUGAAACUGGAAGUGGCGGACAAGACGUCACAUUCCUAUACGAGGUUGGCGAUGGCGUGGCUCACCGUUCUUAUGGUCUCAAUGUAGCACGGUUGGCGAACAUACCACCGUCUGUUCUAGAUGUGGCCUAUAAAAAAUCUGCGGAGCUCGAGCAGAAGAUCAAACGAAGGAAACUGGCCGGUAUUCUUCGUGGAAUUCUUUCGCCGCCUCAAGGUAAAGAAAGAGAGGCAGCAUUUAUGGAGAGCUUGGCGAAUGAAGUCGAGCAGUUAUAA